CAGGUCCUACACUUCCAGGUCCUACACCCUCCAGGUCUUACGCCUCCUGGUCCUAUUCCUCCAGGUCCUACACCUCCAGGUCCAACUCCUCCAGGUCCUAUUCCUCCAGGUCCAACUCCUCCUGACCAGCACCAGCUCCUCCUGGCCCAACUCCUAAGCCAGGCUGAAAUCCAGUCCCAGCUCCUCCAGGACCAAAUCCUGUUCCAGUACCACCUGGUCCAAAUCCAGCUCCAGGACCAGCUCCUAUUCCAACUCCGGCUCCUCCAGCAGAACCAAAAAUAGAAACACAGAGUGAACAACUAUAAAAGGAGAAUUUCUUUAAGAUCCCACAGUCCAGAUGUGAAAUGAAGAGGUCUGUAGGGAAUCCUAAAGAAUAUGCUGUGCAGCUCAAUGCUGCACACAUGCAGUGAAUCGGACCCACCUCCUUGCAGCGACGGUCUCCACAGCGCCAGGAGAAGGACCCCAUGCAGAGGUAUACCAAUGCUGCACUGCCUUAAAUGGGAAACAGAGAUGCAGACCUGCGCUUUACUACAACAUGGGCCUGAUUAAGACCAGAUUGGUCUGCCUGAGGUUGGUUCUGAGCCACGGCCAAUUCCUUCUCAGGGACAAGACUCUUAAUGUUGUGGUUGACGGCGUUUUUACGAUGUCAGUCCGAAAGGCUUCAGUUCAUGCCAAAUGGGUCAUCGGCGAAGUAAUAGGGACGAAGAUGAUCAAAACCGCCAAAGUGCGAGUCACGAGGCUGGUGCUGGAUCCUUACCUGCUCAAGUACUACAACAAGAGGAAAACCUACUUUGCCCAUGAUGCUUUGCAGCAGUGCACCGUGGGGGAUGUUGUCCUCCUCAAGGCUCUACUUGAACCCAGGUCCAAACAUGUGAAGCAUGAACUGGCUGAGAUUGUGUAUAAAGUUGGCCGGGUGGUUGACCCACUGACUGGAAAAAGAGUUGAAGGCACUGAGUUUAUGGAGCCUUUGACUGAUCUUCCUCUCGUCCCGGAAGAAGAGGCAACGUUAACAGAAAAGCUGCAGGAGCUCAACAUCUCUGCUGCCUCCAAUGAAUCUGAUUCCCUACCAGCACAAACUCCCACUUCAUAAUGGAAAACUUUGUUCCUGCAUGAAAUGCCAUGUCUGUUCAAAGCGUUGUGAAUAUAAAUCCAUAGACCAGUAAUGUUCUUGUAGAAAAACAAUGGGUAAAUAGGUAGUUUGAAUUUGAGCCACAUCUCUGAAGAAUUUAUAAUAAAACAAUAUGGUGAUAUUUACAAAGAUGUAUGCACAAUUUGUGUGUCUGGGUACUCUGACCUAUGUCUGGACAAUGUGGACAAUGUUCUAUGUGGAUAGAAUUAUGUCAGGGACAGACUUUUUUUGUGUCUUACACCAAGUUAUGUCAGGUUUUGCUUUCUGUAAAGUUUCCUUUUUAUAGAGAAUCCUUCAGGAGAACAAUGUUCACCUCUUGCUCCUGUCUUUCCAUUGCAACACACUGUCCAUGAAUAUGUGUAUAACAGACAGACUAACCGUAAAAGCUGUGUCAGAUGUAUUUAACAUUAGAUACAUGAAUGCAUUCUUGGACAGGUCACUGACACCAUGAAAUCUAGCCAACAAUUUUAAAGGCUAAAUGUUGAGAGAGCCACGAUUUAACUGUUGGUCCAGUAUAUUAUUAAACAUCCCAUUUAAAGAUGGUCAAAACUAA